UAACCAGUAAAGAUUUGUUGAUGUAGCAUUCUAGAACCCCAGUAUUUAACCUAGUUGUUAUGGUAACGGUGGAACCCAGGUUUCUUGCUUUCAGUUUUCCCUCUCCAGGCAGAAAACAAUUCCAGAGGAAGAGUGGACGUAGAGCUCAGUGUUGGGUAUGAGGCUCCAGUUUGCUAGAAUGCUUGUGGAUUUAACCAUGGGGUUUGACUUCAUCUGACAGUUACCCCAUCUUUCCUGUAGUCGAUUAGACUGGUUUAAAAAGCAGCCAGGAUGGGCCAGGGAGACUUGAGGAGGAGGGUUAGGGUCACACGGAGGAAUCCCUUUCAGUUCUUGUCAUGGUCAGAAGCUCAUAGGAAAGCCGUAAGAAAGAACAAGAAAGCUGGUCAGCCAAAGGACAAGGACAAUGCUUUUAUCUUGGAUGCCAGCAGUGAGCUGUGUUAACAAUAGAGCUCUGUGCCAUUGAGUUUGAGAGCGGGGAACUACAUGACAUUGGGACUUGGGAGCUGUCCUGCCCCUAUCUAGCCAGCCAAAGUGAAUGGGGUCAGUGUUAGCUGCCUUCAUCUAUGCAGUCACAAAGGUAAAGAUGAUCCUGGGAGCACAUUCCCUCCUGGGAGGCCUUGGCCUCACGCCUCAGCAACCGUGACAAGACGUGCUAAAUAACACCUUUGUUUGAGCCAGGGUUAUGCAUCGUCUACACUUGUAUGCCAAGUCUAGGUGGUUUCAGAUCAAGCAGCGACGACGUGGACAUGACCAUCCCUCGGUGCAGCUCGGAAGUAGAGCCACUCCCUCUGCCUGCCUGUCAGAGCCCUAGAGCCUAAGAAGUUCGCUGCUGCUGAGGGGGAUGGCCAGGAUUCCUGGACUUGGAAGAUCUUCAGCUCCGUCGUCUCUGGAGAACAAGGAAGACAGAGAAAGCGAUGCAGCCCUUCUUAGUCCCAAGGACCCUGACAGGGUACACGCGAAGGAGCAGCUGGCACAUCCUGCGUCUUCCAACCUUGACCCAAGCAUGCAAGGCCUCCCUGCUGGACUCAGCCUGGACGAUUUCAUUCCUGGCCACCUCCGAGCACAUGUGGGCUCAUCCCCCCGGGGGACAAGGGUGCCCGUGAUCCGUAAUGGUGGCUCCAACACCCUUAAUUUCCAGUUCCAUGACCCUGCGCCCAGGACUGUGUGCAAUGGCUAUUCCCCACCCAGGAGAGAUGGUUUCCAGCAUCCAGACCCAGCAUGGUAUCAGACCUGGCCAGGCCCUGGGAACCGGCCCUCUGCGAGCCCAAAGCAACCUGCGCCCCAGCACGCCCAGAAUUGGUCAGCCACAUGGACCAAGGACAACAAGCGACGGGACAAGCGCUGGGUGAAGUACGAGGGAAUCGGGCCCGUGGAUGAGAGCGGCAUGCCCAUUGCCCCCCGAUCUAGUGUUGACAGCCCCAGAGACUGGUAUCGGAGAAUGUUCCAGCAAAUUCACCGGAAAAUGCCAGACCUGCAGCUGGACUGGACCUUGGAAGACCCACCCAAAGUGGUUUCCUCACGUGCAUCUUCCGCAGACCCCAGGCAUCCAGGGCCCCAGCAAAAACCUGGCUCCAGGUCUGGCCCAGCAGUGACGUCCAGCGGAAGAAACUGGAACCAUUCAGAAGAGACAUCUAGAAACACCUUUAACUAUAAUUUUGGAUCAUCCUCUUCAGGGCUCCAACACCCAAAUCAGGUACCCAGACAUCAAGAGAAAGUAGAGAAUGUCUGGACAGAAGACUCCUGGAACCAGUUUCUGCAAGAACUAGAAACUGGGCAUAAGCCCAAGAAACCACUGGUGGAUGACCCUGUUGAGAAACCUGCACAGCCCAUUGAGGUCCUGCUAGAGAGAGAACUGGCCAAGCUGAGCGCAGAGCUGGACAAGGACCUGCGGGCCAUUGAGACCCGUCUGCCAUCCCCCAAGAACUCGCAGGCACCACGACGGUCCCCUGAGCAGCCAGCCCCAGAGCAGCGGCCCUCCGCCCGCACUGCCUCAGCCUGGAGGCCCAGCUCCCCGCAUGCACCUUACUUCGGUUCUUCCCGAUCCCUGAGCCCCCACAGAAUGGCAGAUGGAGGAGGAAGCCCCUUCCUGGGACGUAGAGAUUUUGUCUACCCUUCCUCAGCCCGAGAGCCUAGUGCCUCUGAAAGGGGUAGCAGCCCUGCGAGGAAGGAGGAGAAGAAGAAGGCUGCCCGGCUCAAGUUUGACUUCCAGGCCCAGUCCCCCAAGGAGCUGACUCUGCAGAAGGGUGACAUUGUCUACAUCCAUAAAGAAGUGGACAAGAACUGGCUGGAGGGGGAACACCAUGGCCGCCUGGGCAUCUUCCCGGCCAAUUAUGUGGAGGUGCUGCCUGCAGACGAAAUCCCCAAGCCCAUCAAACCGCCCACAUACCAGGUGCUGGAGUACGGAGAUGCUGUGGCCCAGUACACCUUCAAGGGAGAACUGGAGGUGGAGCUGUCCUUCCGGAAGGGGGAACACAUCUGCCUGAUCCGCAAGGUGAAUGAGCAUUGGUACGAGGGGCGCAUCACCGGCACAGGACGCCAAGGCAUCUUCCCGGCCAGCUAUGUGCAGAUAAACAGGGAGCCCCGGCUGCGGCUCUGUGACGAUAGCCCCCAGCUUCCCACAUCACCUCAUCUGACAGCCACGGCUCGCCUACCCAGUCACCCCAGCUCCCCUUCAGUGCAAGUGGACUCCACUGACUGGGGAGGUCGGUCCUCCCCUCGCCGCUCUGGCUUCUCCUUCCCCAUCACCCGCCAGGAGCCCAGAUCCCAAACCCAGAAUCUCAGCACUCCUGGACCAGCCCUGUCCCACCCUCGAGGCACCAGCCGUCCCGUAGACGUGGGGGCCUCCUCCCCAAGCACCACAGAGAUACACUGGACUCCGUACCGUGCAAUGUACCAGUACAGGCCCCAGAAUGAGGAUGAGCUGGAACUUCGUGAGGGGGACCGCGUGGAUGUCAUGCAACAAUGUGAUGAUGGCUGGUUUGUGGGUGUCUCCCGGAGAACUCAGAAAUUUGGGACAUUCCCUGGAAAUUAUGUAGCCCCGGUGUGAGUGGUCUCCAUGGCAAUUUGGAGCCAACGAGAAUGGGGUGAGGAGCAGUAGCAUUAUGGGAGUGAGAGAGGCCCCCCCACAUCCUCCCCCCAGGACCUGUGCUCCCAGCAUCUGCAGAAACCCUAGCAACCUUCCCUCUGAGCCCCCUCGAAGUCCCCUGGACUGAUUGCCACCCGCGAGUCACAGGCAUUCCUUUGACAGCCCCCCUCACCACCCGCAAAUACAGACAUCUGCUCUGAUGUGGAGGCUGUCUCCAGGCCUUAUUGAGACCAGACCCCUAGACCCCCACCUCCCCAGCGUUUCCCCUAAUGAAGACUGGCUCUCGCUUCACCCCCAUGGGGUUCCUCUAAUAAGGACCGGCUUCCUACCCUGUGGAGACCAAAGGCCUCCUCCCAUUUCUCACCGGCUUGCCUGCCUCCAGCUGGGCCUAGAAGCAAGGGAACACUUUGUCAGCCUUCAAGGCCCAGUGAGAGGCCUUGCCUCAAGGGGCUACUGAGCCCCUGGGUAGGGCCUCCACAUACACUCUGGGCCCUCCCGACUAAGGCCCACAACUGCCCUUGACCUAUCAGAAGACAGAUCUACAGGGAAACAUGCUUGCUGCCCUAAUUUCCAGCUCUUCCCGGUAUCUAGGUGCCCUCUGGAAGAGAAUGUAAAAUAAACAUGGAUACCAGG